GUUGGAAAAAGUUCACUAUAGAUGCAUACCAAGGAAUAAAACAUUCAGUCACGCGUACAAAUUGCCUGUGUAAAGUUGGUUUGCUUUAGUGAAAAUGUUCAAAAACACCUUCCAGUCGGGCUUUCUAUCAAUCCUGUAUAGCAUCGGUAGCAAACCGCUGCAGAUUUGGGAUAAAAAAGUACGGAACGGACACAUCAAGCGCAUCACUGACCAGGAUAUUCAAUCGCUAGUGCUGGAAAUCAUUGGAACCAAUGUGAGCACAACGUACAUCACCUGUCCGGCGGAUCCGAAGAAGACGCUGGGGAUCAAACUACCCUUUCUCGUGAUGAUAAUAAAGAAUCUGAAAAAGUAUUUCACCUUUGAAGUUCAGGUCCUCGAUGACAAAAACGUUCGACGGCGUUUUAGGGCAAGCAACUAUCAGUCCACCACUCGAGUAAAACCAUUUAUUUGUACCAUGCCUAUGCGGCUGGAUGAGGGUUGGAACCAAAUUCAGUUCAACUUGUCUGACUUUACCCGUCGUGCCUAUGGAACCAAUUACGUGGAAACGCUUCGUGUUCAAAUUCAUGCCAACUGCAGGAUACGAAGAGUUUACUUUUCGGACCGUCUAUACUCUGAGGAUGAAUUACCGGCCGAAUUUAAACUGUUUCUACCCAUCCAGAAGCCCCAAUCGAAGGCAAUUGCUCAGCAGGCAUGCUAACCUUGCUUUAUGGUGUAUAUUAUUCGAUUCCUAAUUAAGAAACUCAAAAACCAAAAGGCUCGCUGCCAAUAAAAAAUUAUAAAUAAUAUGAAUAAAACAUAUCGGCUUUAAUUUUGAAAACGGUUUACCGAUUUUUAAUCGAAUGAGUUUUUGAAUACGGCACUAUCAAAUGGGUGAUUGACUAAAUCGAGAAAAAACGCGAUACGAAGUGUUCAACAAUAAAGAUGUAUGUCUGAUGUACACUUUUUGCUUGGCAUCUACUUUUCUCGAUCAAGCAAAGUAAAUAAGUGAAGUGUCCUUAUUGUCUACAACCACAUCAAAAUAGGAUUCCAAUAAUGUUCGAAUGAACAGUUAACCACUCUGCACUACAGUAGAAUGGCACCGGUCAUAGAUACUACAUACAAGACAGUAACUCGAUAAACUUCGCACUCUCGUCAAGACAGUCAGCUCGCGCAAUGUGCUUUAUCACCCAAUAAAAUACUUUUGUACGCAGUUGGGUAUGAAAAAUUAUAUCUUUA